AUGCUUUUGAGAGCACUCAGGCCAAUCCCUAGCCUACCAUACAGGCAGUGGACAAAUGGCCAGGCAGCAUCCCAAUUAGGAAGGCGCCUCCAGGAUGGCCUCCGAUCAGGGGGGGUAGGGGGUGGUUUGAUGGCCUCCGGAGGGGGCCUCGAAGCCAUUUUACGUAAUAAUUGGAGGUCCCUGGGGUGGCAAUUGGCUGCUGGAGAGCCUGUCUGGGCGCCUUCGGCCAUCUCUGCACGCGGAGGAAAGUUCAGACUUUUGCCUGGUGUCCCGGGCUACGUGACGCCCACCGAGGUACCUGACCCCACGGUCCUCAUCGCCCAAAUCAAGCAAGCCGCGGUCAAUGCUAAAGAGGCGGGUUUCGACGGAGUCGAACUGCACGGGGCAAACGGCUACCUUGUGGCUCAGUUCCUCGAGACUCACUCGAAUCAGCGCACCGACAAAUGGGGUGGCAGCGUCGAGAACCGUACCCGGUUUGCGUUGGAGACAUUGAAGGCGCUUAUUGAGGUGUAUGGCGAGAAUGUCUCGAUCAAGAUCAACCCUGCUGGAGGCUACAAUGGCGAGUAUUUAUUUCAGGACCAUCAUUCAAAAACUGAUAGCGAAUCGGUUUCAGACAUGGGUAUGCCUCUCCAGGAUGCUAUCGACACGUACAGCUAUCUUCUGAAGGCCGUCGACACCAUGGGGCUGUCAUACGUCGCCCUCGUCCGAUACAGCGAGGCCUUCGACCCCGAAUAUGAUGGCAAGAAACGGGGCACCCCGCACGACAUUGUCGCCACGUACAGCCCUUUCUUGCAGAAAACCCCGAUCUGGGUCAAUUCCGGUGUGACUCCGGAAGAGGCUGAGAAGCUUGUGAGUGGUGGUGAGAUCGCUGGGGUGUUCUUUGGGUUUGCGCAGAUCACGUGCCCGGAUGUCGGCUACCGUAUCAAGGCUGGGAUCCCGCUCGAUAACGCGCCUGACUUGAAGCAUACGUACGGAAUCGAGGGUGUGGACUAUGCGAUCGGGUACACCGACUACCCCGCUGCGAAGUAGAAUCGAUUCUACAGUCCCUAGAACCUAUCACAUGAAACAAUUUGGCUCAAG